AUGGCUUCACUGGCCAGCCUUGUUCUGCUGCAGAACCGGCUGGCGAAGGAGAGGGCCGAGGUAAUGGACCAGAUGUCCGGUUGGGAUGAGGAGAUCCGCCGGAAGAAGCACAUCGUCACGGAGUUGGAGAGGACAUUAGAGGCCCUCCGCGCAAAUCCUGCGGCUCCUGGGCCUCGAACUGCUGCAGAGGUCUCAGGAGCGACUGAAGCUCCGGGCUCCCCCAAACACGCGCAUGAGGGGCACGAGGAGCUCCUGCGCCGCUUCUCUUCCGCUCUUGCUGAGCUUCCGACCUGGCCCACACAUCAAUGGCGUGAGGCCAGCUUCCAGGCUCAUUUCAGCUCCGCCGCCGAUGGCCAGCUCGCAGAGUUUCUUUCAGCCUUAUCACCGGAGCAGCGGCUGGUCUGGGAGUUGCAGAACCCGUCGGAAGUGAGCCCGAAGCUAGACAGAGGCCUCCUGGGUGCCUUGAAGGAGGGCGGCAGGAGCGCCGAGGUGGACGUCCUGAUGGCAGCAGCAGGGAAGCCUUCCGAGGCAGAACAGCAAUAUCGGCCACUGCUCUGGCUAUGCUUUCACAGGCAGCUGAAUGCGUCCCACAUCGAGCAAGGUGCUGGCGGCCAGUCACUGCUGACGUUGGCCUGCCGCAAUGGUUGGUGCGAUGUUGCUAACGAGCUUUUGGAGCGGCGGGCAGACGUGCACCAGCGCAGCGGGACGCAGCUGACGGCGCUGUCAGCCGCCUGCGCGCGGGGAAGCGCGAGCUGCGCAGAGGUCCUUCUACAAGCAGCUGCAGAUCCCAAUGAGGCAAGCAAGGGUCGCAGCGUGCUCGCCCUUGCCAGCAGCGUUCCUUCCGAAGGCCCAGGCCUCGAAGUCGUGAGGAAGCUCCUUGACUUCCACGCCGGCGUGCACCAGGUCGGCCUUGACGGUCGUACGCCUCUCAUGGAGGCAGCUGCGGCUGGUCGUAGCCACUGCUGCGACGCUCUCCUCGAGGCAAGAGCCGACCCAUCGGACGAGGACAACGAGGGCAAGACCGCUGCCCAGCUGGCGAGAACGAAAGGCUUCGGGGAGCUGGCAAAGAAGUUGGAGGAGGUUCUCAACACAAGCAUUCGCGAUCCUCCGCGUGGCUGA